UUUUCCAGUAGCACCACAGGCGGCUGCUGCACAAAGAUAGACAGAGGAAGGGACAGCUAGAUGAAAAACUAUUAAAAGACAAAAAAUAUCAUUUGGGUUGGGUUUUUUUCAAAUUUGACUUUUUAGAUAACAGUUUUUUACUUUGUAAGUUUUAUAUUAAUAUUUUAGUGAAGAGGGGAAAAAAAGAGAAAAUGAUGAGUCUGCUGUGCAUCACAAUAAUCUCCUUGACCCUGGCUGGCAGCGCGUACAGUCAGGUGACAACCCCUCCCUUCCAACUAAAAGUCGGGGUUUUCGCUGACCUGGGAGCCAACGUCACCCUUCCCUGCAUGCUCUCGACCAACACCCCUUCCUUCAGUAACAUGGGCAUGCGAGUCAAAUGGUCGAAGGUGGCAGAUGAUGAGGCAUUGAAUGAGGACGUGCUGAUCGUGAUGGGAUUCCACAAGAAGGCCUACGGGAGCUUUGAUGGCCGUGUCUUUUUGGAGGAGAGGGACAACAACGAUGCCUCCUUAACUAUAAUCGACGUCUCCAUGGAAGACACAGGAAAGUACCGCUGUGAGAUCAUGAACGGGAUGUUCGACACCCAGCAGGAGGUCAGCUUGGAGGUGCGAAAGGGUCUCACUGAUGGUGUUGUGUUCCCGUACCACCCCAAUCGGGGCCGCUACAACUUGAACUACAAGCAGGCUGUGAAGGCCUGUCUACACCAGGAUGCCGUGGUCGCCUCCACUGAGCAGUUGGAAGAGGCCUGGAGGGGAGGUCUGGACUGGUGCAAUGCUGGCUGGCUGAGCGAUGGCUCAGUGAAGUACCCCAUCAACACUCCCAGAGAGCUUUGUGGUGGCUCUAACAAUGGUCCAGGCGUUAGAAACUAUGGCCGCCGCAAUAAAACAGUCAACUAUUACGAUGUAUUCUGCUACACUUCUGCACUCAAGGGGCGCUUCUAUUGGCUGGUGCAGCCUGACAGGCUGACCUUUGAUGAGGCCGUGCAGGCGUGCAUGGAUGACGGCGCAGAGAUCGCAAAGGUGGGCCACAUUUUCUCCGCCUGGAAACUCGAGGGCUACGACCGCUGCGAUGCUGGCUGGUUGGCCGACGGAAGCGUCCGCUACCCCAUCUCCAGGCCCCGCAAGAACUGCAGCCCCUUAGAGGCUGCGGUGCGGUCCCUUGGGUUCCCAGACAAGAGCCAGAAGUCUUACGGGGUCUACUGCUUCAAGGCCGAGCAGUGAGAGGGUAGACAGGAGUAGAGAAGCCAUAACCACCAAAGAGCAGCAACAACCACAACGAUUAAAAUCAACAAUAAAGCAGAUAAGCUUUGGAUUUUAACUAGCAUGAACUCAAUACCUUUCUAAAGCUGUGAUAACAUUUUUUCAUUCCUAAAUUCUGUUGAUCCAAUAUUUUAAAGCCAUUCCUUUUUUUAACUGUAACUCUGGAGUUAACAGAGUUAAUGUACGAUUGAUGUGACAGAGACAAGAACUUAAUGGUCUUGAAACAUCAUCUAAGUUUGGUUUGUCCUCCACAGAAUGAUUAGAUACAUGAUGUUCAAGGUUUAAAGCAUUAAUGCUUGUGUGCGACUAUAGAACUUCUAAAGAACAAAACCAUGAGUUAUUUCAUUUAUCACCCAUCACAUCAUUGAGAGAUCUUAAAUUGAUGAACAUAUUUGGCUGCAACUACUGAGCUAUGGGUAUCAACAUGUUAUAUUGCUGUAAGUAAUUGCAGUUUUCCUUUUUUUUCACAAUCAAAUUUACUGUUUAUCAAAAAUGAAUGUAAAUGUCCUGGACUGUGACCUUUUCUCCAUGAAUCAACUGCUCUCAUUUGAUCAACACACAAUUACAUUUUCUUUUUACAUUUUUACUAAUGUAACCCUAUAGAUUGUGUUUGUAACAAAAAACAUUUUUCUGUCGUAACAUCUUUUUUUACAUGUUGUCCGCCUCACACUUACAGAUUUGUUUGUUAAGUGGAGUUUGUAGACAAUUUAUAUCUAGAACAUGCAGCACAAAAAAAUGCAGUAAGCUAGUGACAACAGAAUAAGAACAGAUUUGACCUAUUUGCCCUGAACACAAUCUUUACCAAAAUUCACCUUGGAUUGUCUGACAGUUGAAGCCAUUGUCUGUUGGGUAGACAAGAAAUAUAAUGUGAUAGGUGUCGUAGCCUAAAUUAAAGUAUGGGCUGACAUCCUUACUUAUUGCUGAGACUGUUUCACAUUUUGAUACUGAGCUUUUUAGCUGUAAAUGUCCCCUGGUAAUCUUUUCUUUUAAAGUAGAAUACUGAAGAUUGUCUACUCUCCUAAAUAAGGAUGAAUGAACAUGUUGUGAUGACUGGAUCUGAAUAGGUUUGAAUGAAGUCAAAACCAGCAAAAACUCAAUUGAAAAUGUCUCUAGUAAUGUCCUGUGAGUCUGUUUCCAGCAGCCAAACACACCUGGUAAUGGUGAGCCAUAACCAGAAGAUGGCACACAAUAUUUUGUGUUUUGCUUUUUGCUACAUUGUCUUCUUACUGUUUCUAACAUAUGGUACUUAUGCAGGUUACAUGUGGUAUUAUGGCGAUGUAUUGUACGUAAAGGUAUUUUUGUAUCUUAUCGCAAUGUACCUUUUUCAACAAAACAGUUUCAAAUAAAAAAAUAUAACUCAAAA